CUAAUAGCCUAUGCAACCAAUACAUCAUCGUCUUCCCAUCUUAGAUCACACACAUACACACACAGUAUAAUAUUGCGAAACACACGAACUUAACCAGUCUUCAUCUGUUUGUUAUGUGAGACGGUAUUGCGCGAUAAACUACGAAUAGUAAAACAUAACCUAUAAAUCGGCGUUUUUAAGUGUAUAAUGUACAAAUUUGACUGUUAUAAUUCGCAGUUUUUUGUGAGUGGUUUGUAAAAUAAGUUUGUGUGUGGUAUUUAAACUGUUAUUUCAAGAUGAAGACGAUUUUAUUUGUAUUUGGUGUAUUAUUCGUCCUUAAAACACCGAUACUUGCUGCGCCAUCUAUCGAGGACUGCCCGCCCGAUAGCGUCAUCUUUGAAGAUAACUGUAAAUGCGAUCUGUCUACUUGUUCGAAGCCUCCAUGUUUUUCACAAUUACAGAUAGCUACAAAUGGAACCGGUCUACCGGGUCAUUGCUGUCCCACAUAUGAAUGUAUAGGAUGUAACGAAACUGAAAAAAUCAAUGGAAAAUGUCCGUGCGGAAAGGGCGCUGUAAUUAAUGGAUAUAAAUGCGAAUGCGUGGACAAAGAAAAACAUUUGGUUAAUGGCGAAUGCGUUUGUGAUCCACGUCUUUGUCCACUUCCAAUACUGUGCGACAAAAAAUCAGUACCAGUGGUUCAUACUGAAGGCUGUUGCAAAAUUACAGAAUGCACAAAAUGUCCGGCAGACAGCGAAUCCACAAAUGUCGAAGGAGAUGAAAUUGAGGAUCAUUGUGUCUGUCUCCCAUGUAAGACAGAAUGUGGAUUUAACAGGACACCUGUUAUUAAGAGACCUGGUAAGGGAAUUCCCGGCAAAUGUUGCGACCUCUAUGAAUGCAAACAAAAUGAAGAAAUAAAAGGAUGUAUCCAUGAAAAUACCAUUUAUGAAAAUGGUGAACAGUGGUUCAUACCUCCUCUACAAUUAUGUAGAUGUGAUAACGGCUUAGCGCUUUGUUCUAACCAAAAAGAAAAAGACUCUGCAUCUUGUUUUGUUGAUAAUCAAUUCCAUAAUCAUUCAGAAACUUGGACUAAGGACGAAGGAUGUACUUUGUGUACUUGCAUUAACGGUAUAGAGAAAUGCAUCUCCCACUACUGCGAUGUAAAAGUAAAUUUAGUGCAUCGAAACAAUUCUUGUAACAGCUCAGACAAUGUAUCUCGUCUCCAUUUGGAGAAAUGGAUAGAACGUGAUAAUUGCACGACAUGUUUGUGCGACAACGGUUUGAUAGAUUGCAACCGAGAAUUGUGCGAAGAUUCAAUACCUACAACGACCUCGAUAGCAGAAUGUCAACCUUUAGCUAAUUGCAACAAAACUUGCAUAAAUGGUUACAGAAUUAACAGAAAAGGAUGCGAAAUAUGUAAAUGUAAUUCUGUCAAAUUACAACAAGACAUCUUAACGAGAUAUAAUAUUUCAAUGAACGAUCUUAUUAAAAUUUUGGACGAAUAUAAAACGAAACGACUACCUACGACUAUUCCCAUUACUAGUUCCACUGUUAGUACCAGUACUUCUUCGGCGACUGUCGAUAAAAGCGUUGAAAUCGAUAAUGACAUUGCACCAGUUGUUAUUAGUAAUAGAAAUGCAGAAUUUUACGAAGGAUACCCAACAACUACUACAACUGAACCUUCAGUAACGCGUACAGAUAAAGAAAAUGAUUCUUUGAUUUACAUCGUAAUAAUAGUUUUGUGCUCUCUGCUGUUUGUGACAGUUUUGGUAAUAUUACUGGUAUUUCUAUGCAAGAAUCGUAGAAAAAGCAGCCUCGAUUUGUCUCAAUGUCACUAUCACACUGUCAACAACAACAACACAAUCAAAAAAACUGAUCAACUUCUUUAAAACGAUUUCUCCGAAUUUAAUGUGAUAUCAGAUUACUUACGUAAAUAUUACACAAAAUUAGUUUUGUUCGAAAAAAAAUCCAAGGUGAAUUGGAUUUUUUAAUUAUUGUUGGGUAAAAUGUUUAUUGUUUGAACAAAAUUUUUUAUAUAUUUACAUAAAUACUUGACGAUAUGUUCAAAAAAUCGAAUGUUACCACAAAAAGGUACCGCUAAUAGAAACACGAAAGGAUGUGACAAAGUAAUUAUUUGCUUUUAUUUCUGAAUAUGCGACUGUUGCUGAGAUAGAUGUUAAUUUAUUAUUUUUUUAUGUAAUAAGGAAUGUUGAAAAUAUGUAUUUUUUUAAAGGAUACUUUUAUUAAUUGUUAUUUGUUCCAACCUCUGUAUAUUUGUUUGGAACCGUUGGUGAUAUUCAUACUGAACGCACUAUUUAUUUUUACCAUUACAAUAAUAUUCGCAAUUACAAUGUCUGACGCUCGUUUCGAUAACCAAGUUAUCGUCUUCAGAGACUGACUAGUUUGCCUUGUCCCCAGCUUUUCCCAAUUUCCCUUUUCUCGUCAUCCCACUAGAUUCCAAUCAAGAUUUUCUUUUGUUCGUCAUGCAAUGAAUUUGUUUCUUUAUUCCAAUUUCUUCCAUUCUUCCUUUCUAACUUCGAUCUGUCUUCGGCUCUUGGUCUAAAAUCCAUUUCUGUCGGUUCGAUAGUGCUUUAAGCUACAAUAUGUUUUUUAUAUGUUGUUUUUCAAAGUUUAUCAUAGUUUGAUCAGUGGUAUGUCAUCUUGAACUCUUUUUAGGCCUACAAACAGUAGGCCUAGUAGGCAGUAGUACAACUAAAUCUAUUAAUUGCCUCAUUUUGACAACAAAAAAUCUAAUUCUGAUGCCAAAUGGCUGCCAUAAUGUUGAAAAUAGCCCUUAAUGAUUUCAUUUACAUUUUUUUGUUUAUAUUUUAUUAAUCAUCUACAAUAUAUGUCUAUAUGACAAUUUUAAUAUCCAUUCGACAUAUUCAACUUGCAACUUGUUUUUUUUGAUAUCCUUUAAAAAAAUUGUACUUCUUAUAUAUAUAUUUUUUUAUUAGAGUCGGUAUGCAGGGUAUUUGAGAAGUAUGUUUAUUGUGUACAUAUAUAUAUAUAUAUAUAUAUAUAUAUAUAUAUAUAUAUAUAUAUAUAUAUAUAUAUAUAUAUAUAUAUACUUUCUAGAAAUGAAUGAAUUCUUAAUUUUCAUAUACAAAAUCCAAAUUCUAUGACUUAUAAUUUUCAAUAUCUAUUUGUAGAUUUAGAAAUAGCCCAGUAAAAACUCGAUUCAAUCUUGCUCUAUAACUUUUAUGACUUAUUAUUGAUAAGAUCUCGAAAAUUGAAAAGAAAAACAUAUUGUAGUAUUAUAAUGAUUUAUUUGAUUUUAGAAUUGAUGUUAACAUCAAGUUUAUAUAGUUUAGUGUUAAAUUAAUUUAAAAGACUCUAACUUGAACGAAGUAAUGUUAUGUAUCAUGAACAAAUUAAAGCGGGAUGAUUAAUGAUUAAAUAAUAGUAUUUAAUACAUAUAAUUUUUCAGUUUUCCUAUUAAGUGAAAAACAAUGAAAACAUUUUUGACUUGACCGUUUCACAAUGAAAUAAACAACCAUUCAAUAACCUUUUCCGUGUACUAUUUCAAGUGCAGUUCAAUAGUAAAUACUUUUAAUCAAACACCUUAUAAAUCAUUCGAAAUUCUGAUCUACACAAUUAACUUUUAUUAAGAAACUACAAAAAGUUAGAUAGUUUGCAGUAUUUUCUUCUUCUAGGUAUUUGAAUGCCCCUACAACUGUCUUUAUUUGUCAAUUAAGUUGUAAAUGAAUUGUUAAAUUCGUUCAAAAUUCUGCUGGUUCUUCCUAAGAUCCAACCUGUAUUAAUUUAUGUUUUUAUUUGUCAUUCACUAAUUUCCUAUUUGCUUCCUAUAAUCCACCGUAAAGUCAAAAAUAAUCAUAAUAUUUUGAUAUAACCACCUUUUAUUCGCAUAUUCACUGUUUUUCUAAUUUAAAUAUGAAAAUAUACACAAAAAGGAAAAAUUCUCUUAAAUGGCAUCUAAUUUUCUUCAACUUUUUACUUGUUAGAUCAUUUUAUUUGUUUAGCUUAAUGAUUUUUCUUGAUUUUAAGUGUCUUGUAUUAUCUUAAAUUGAUUUUCUAUCAAGAGAGAUUGAAAAUAAAGCAAUUCAUCACGAAAAAAGUAAAAAUGUAUAAAUUAAAAUCAUUGAUUAUCCCUCAGUAAUAUGUCUAGUUGAGUAGAAGUAACAUUGAUAGUGUAGUUCAAUUAAUAAAUCGAAAAUAAAGGGACUUCUUCCUUUUAAAAGGUUUUUUAAUUAAGUUACUUAUACUUGCCAAUUAAAAAGUACUAACUUUUUGGUAACGAACUACAUUAUUGAUAAUCUAAUGUCUUUAUAACAAUCGAAAGCUACAUUUAACGAUAUUGUUAAUAAUAUUGUAUAAAUUGUGUUUUGUAAAUAUUAUAUAUUUAGAUUUUGGAACUAAAAUAAUUUUAUUUGAUUGUGAUAAGUCUUAUUUUUCCAUGUUUCUGUACUAAUAAAUCAGAUUUAUAUGUAGAUUGUUCCUAUUGCACAGUUGCAAAUUUUUGGGUGGGUAUAUGAGGGACUUGCUGAAAAAACGAUUAGAUACUUCACCCAUUUGUUGCAACUGCCAUUUUAUAGACUUUAAAUAAAUGUUAAUAAUAUAGUUUAACUAUAUAGACAGGAAAUGUUUUAUUUGCAGUAUUCAAAGAGUAUUUUUUUAUGAAUUAUUUUUUGGCCGUCAUAAUUUAUUUCCUUGUUCAUUUUUGUUGUGUGAAAGAACUUUUAAUUAUUGAUUUUUUUGAGGAAAAUAUUUUGCUUACCCGAUCAUUAUUUGGCAAAACAAUAUGAUACAUUUGAACUACUGCUCUUUCAACAUGGCGGCUGCUGCCUUUUAUAUAAAUUCUACAGAUUUUUUAAACAUUUUUCAAGUUUACACUGACUUAUACUAUAAAGCACUUCUAAAGGGAGUAAAUUUCUUUUCAAAGGAUUUCCAUAAUAAUGUGGUAGAAAAACAAAUUACAUUUUUCUUUUGAAAAAUAAAAUGAAAUUCACUCUUCAACUGAUAAGUGACAACUAACCUCUAUUUGAAAUGUAUGACAUAAGAACAGCGCUACCAACAUAUUUACCAUAGGCACCGCCACAUGUAGAAAAUUCUUCUUUUAUUUCCAUGCUAAUUCUAUGAAUGAGUAUUGAAAAGUGGAUGUAAAACUAGUUAUAGGGUGAGUCAGUAUAAUAAAGUAGAUGGUAGCUUUUGGUUUAAGAAUGCUUGAAUUAGUGACGGCCACUUUUACACUAAAAUAACUAUUAGUGUUUAACACUUUGAAGUGUAUUUAGGUAUAAUAUUUAUUAAAUUAGUGUACACUUUAACAAUGUACAUACAAAAAUUACAAUAAAUAACUAUGUUU